AUGGCUAAGAUCAAGAAGAAGGGAACCUCUGGCCAGGCCAAAAACUUUAUUACCAGAACCCAGGCCGUGCGCAAACUUCAGAUUUCCCUCCCGGAUUUCCGUCGACUAUGUAUCUUCAAGGGAAUUUAUCCCCGUGAGCCCCGGAGCAAGAAGAAGGCCUCCAAGACCUCCACUCCCAACACCACUUUCUACUACACGAAAGAUAUUCAGUUCCUCCUCCAUGAGCCUCUCCUGAGAAAGUUUCGUGACCAAAAGGCGCUUGCGAAGAAGAUUGCCCGCUCCCUUGGACGUGGUGAAGUCUCAGAUGCGUCCCGUCUGGAGAAGAACCACGCGCCGAAACUCACCUUGGAUCACAUCAUCAAGGAGCGCUACCCGACCUUCAUUGACGCUCUGAGAGAUCUUGACGAUGCCCUGUCUCUGCUGUUCCUCUUUGCCAACCUCCCCUCUUCUCCCCAUGUCCCAGCCAAGACCAUCGCUCCCUGCCAGCGGGUUACCCACGAGUUCCAGCACUACCUGAUCACCACGAACUCCCUGCGCAAAUCUUUCCUGUCGAUCAAGGGUAUCUACUACCAGGCAACCAUCCAGGGACAGGACAUCAUGUGGCUUGUGCCCUACCGCUUCGUGCAGCGUGUCAACGGCGACGUCGACUACCGUAUCAUGGCCACUUUCGUCGACUUCUACACCACUCUGCUCGGAUUCGUCAACUACCGUCUUUACUCGACUCUUGGCCUUCGCUAUCCCCCCAAGUUCGAUAAGAGGAGUGACGAGAAUGGUGCUGAGUUGGCGGCUUUCACUCUGGAGGGCCGCACCGUCGGCGAAACCCCCAAGGCUCUCGAAGCCAACAAGCAGGCGAGCAAGCCUUCCAACCAGGAAGUCUCUAAGGAGGUUCAGGCCAAGGUCGACAAGGUCAUCAAGACCGCAGGCUUGGAUCAGACGAAAGACGAGCAAGUUACCGAGACAACCGAAGAAGCUUCCGAGGCGAUCGAUAAAUUCGAGCCUACUGCCCCCGAGGCCGACACUCUGCCCCAGCCCGACUUGAGCGGAGAUGAGGCUGGCUCUCUGUUCGCACCUUUCGUUUUCUACAUCUCCCGUGAGGCUCCCAAGGCGCCCCUGGAGUUCAUCCUCCGCUCCUUCGGCUGCAGCAGGAUCGGCUGGGACGCUGUCCUUGGCGACGGAGCUUUCACCCACGAUGAGACGGAUACUCGCAUCACCCACCAGAUUGUCGAUCGUCCUUCUUUGCCCGAACCGGGAACCCGCAUCCCCGGCAGAACCUAUGUCCAGCCCCAAUGGGUGUGGGACUGCAUCAACGAGGGCAAGCUCCUCCGUGCUGAUCUGUACGCCCCAGGCGCUACUCUC